AUGGCGUUCGAAUCAUGGAACGACGUCUGGGCGUUCGUCAAGAGGCAGAUCCCAGACUUGUUCACCAAGAGGAAGGUCAACUUCAUCACUAUCCACUAUCUCUACAUCAUAGGCGUGUCCUUUUUCCUCUCAGCCAUAAUCCGUGCGGCUGGAGAGAUAGAUUACAUCGAUGCCCUCUUCUUCGCCGCAGGCUCGUGCACACAAAGUGGUCUCAACACUGUCGACGUCAAUACACUAUAUCUGGGACAGCAAAUUUGUUUCUACAUUGGGGCCAUGUUAUGCAAUCCGAUAAUAAUCCAUUCCUCCGUGGUGUUCGUCAGGCUGUACUGGUUCGAGCGGCGGUUUAAGGACAUCGUCCGUGAUGCCAGGUCUCUGCGCCGAUCCAAAUCUCGGACUAAAACCAUGGAGCUGGAUCCCGACGAUCCUGAAAGAGUCAGGAGGGAAUUAGGCGUCAGAGGUCGCGCCAUACAAGUGCUUCGUCACACAGGUCGUUCGUUCCGCAGAGACGAGAAGGGCGAGCAUGAGCAGGAUGAGUCUAUGCCCAAGGUGAAGGUCGACGAGGGCUCCGAUUCGGAGCCAAAGAAGUCUGACUCGACCAACGAUCCGCAGGACUUCGAUCACGACGAUGAGCCCUACAGAGACAUCGACGAAGUCCGCAUCCCUGCUCAACUCAGCCCCGAACAGCACAUUCAGUUUCUGGAGCGGCAGAGAAAUCCAGAGGAUAGUUCAACCCUACGUAUCCCCAGUCCUAGAGAAUUCGAUCGUGGAGGAAAGCCAGAAAAUGUUGACGAUGUUGGGUUUGGAGGUCUCCCCCGUCGUGUAAAUACGAAUUUCGAGGCGGAGGGCGGCAGAGCUGGACCAGGCCAUAUCACAAUCGAUGAGCCUCAGAUACACCGCAAUCGAACGCACACCACAACAUUCCCUCGAGCGAGCUCCCGACAACGCACCAACACGGACCUCGGUGCGGACCACUUGAGCCCAAGGAAACGGACCAACACGGGCCUCAGCAGUUUUCGCAGGAGUAAUACCGGCCAUUCAGUUCAAGAGCCUACGCCCUACCUCAGCUGGCAGCCAACAGUCGGGCGCAAUUCAUUUUUCGUCAACCUGUCGGAAGACCAAAGGGAAGAAUUAGGUGGCAUCGAGUAUCGCGCUUUGAAGACUUUGGCAUGGAUCCUGGUAGCGUUCUUUUUCGGCUUUCACAUCCUGGGCAUUAUCUGUCUCGUCCCCUGGAUCAUGACUACACGCUUCGGGGCCAUUCCAACCGAUGUUGGUCAAGGUCGACCUUGGUGGGGCAUAUUCACAGCCGGCUCUGCAUUCAACGAUCUCGGCUUCACUCUGACGCCCGACUCGAUGAUCUCCUUCCAAUACGCCGUCUUUCCGCUGCUAUUGAUGACGUUUCUGAUAAUAAUCGGCAACACUGGAUUCCCGUGCAUGCUCAGAUUCGUCAUUUGGGCUUGUUCUGCGGUAGUACCGGCAGGAAGUGGUAUCUGGGAAGAACUUCAAUUUUUGCUUGAUCACCCACGUCGAUGCUUCACAUUGUUGUUCCCGAGGGGCGCAACAUGGUGGCUGUUCGGAAUUCUCGUCAUACUCAACGGCGUAGAUUUGAUCUUGUUCAUCAUCCUGGACCUCAAUGACGAGACUGUAUCGAGCAUACCCGUGGGAUAUCGGAUUCUGGACGGCCUCUUCCAAGCUGCUUCGACUCGAACGGCAGGAUUUAGCGUGGUGAACAUCGCCAACUUGCAUCCUGCGAUCCAAGUGUCCUACUUAAUCAUGAUGUACAUAUCGGUCUUUCCUAUUGCGAUAUCGAUGCGUCGCACCAAUGUUUACGAGGAGAAAAGUUUGGGCAUCUACGCUGCCACCGAAGACGAUGAUGAGGAGGGAAAAGAGCCUAGCUACGUUGGAGCCCAUGUCCGGCGACAACUGAGCUUCGACUUGUGGUAUAUUUUCCUGGGAUUGUUCAUCAUCGCCAUCGUUGAAGGCCACAACAUUGAGAACACGAACGAGUACGCAUUCACUAUGUUUUCGGUGCUAUUCGAGAUUGUCUCGGCGUAUGGCACAGUCGGCCUAUCACUGGGCUAUCCUGAUAUCAAUGCAUCAUUCUCCGCCAAGUUUGCAACACUGUCGAAGCUGGUGAUCAUUGCCAUGAUGAUCCGUGGACGACAUCGUGGCUUGCCAUACGAACUGGAUCGAGCUGUGCUUCUUCCGUCAGAGAAGCUGCAUGAAAAAGAAAGCCGUGAAGGGAAACGGUUGAUGCAACGUAGAAUGUCGUUUGGAUCCAUGCAGAACGUGCCGACCAACAACAUGGCUGUUUCAGGAGCCCUUGAGGGCAAUUUCCGUGCGGAGACGGGCUUAUCGUCUGGAGCAGACUACCAGCACAGGUUCGAGAACAAUGGCCUGGAGGGUCGGAUCGCCGCGAAUCAUACUAAGAAAGCACGAGUUGGACUGGGACAAGCCAUGUAUAAAUUGACGUCUGUUGCUGAUUCGAUGACUGCCAAGGAGGACCUGGAGCGCAACGAUCACGACGAGGAUGAGAAGGAGAAGAAGGCCGGGUGA